UUCGUCGGGCUUGUUAUUUGAUCACAUGACCAAUGGGGAACUAACCGCGAAAUACACAUGUGGAAAUGUGGAAUGUUUACCAAAGAUAUAAACUAAUUUAGCGACAUUAUGGGUGUAUAUCUGUCGACGCCAAACACUGAAAAAAUUUCAAGUGACGAAACAUGUCAAGGUUUCAAAUAUGGGGCAUCUUCAAUGCAGGGUUGGCGAAUGGCGCAAGAGGAUGCACACAACUGUUUACUUGAGUUUGAUGAAAAUACAGCUUUGUUUGCAGUUUAUGAUGGUCAUGGAGGUGCAGAAGUAGCACAGUACUGUGCAGCUAAUUUACCACAGUAUAUUAAAGACACAAAGAGUUACAAGGAAGGAAGAUUUAAUGAAGCAUUAGAAGAAGCAUUUCUAGGUUUUGAUGCCAUCUUAACCACCCCUAAAAUUGUUCAGGAACUGAAAGUAUUAGCUGGAGUGGAAUCUGAUGAUGAAGGAGAUCCUGAAAAAAGUAUCAAACAGCAAAGAACAGAGGCAGAACUACUUCGACAGGAAGCAGAUAUGCCUAUUGAGGAGUUAAUGGCUAAAUAUGAAGGUGAAGAUAGUGCUCAACCUAGAACUAGAAUUUUACGCAAAAAGACUCAGGUGAAUUCACCUGUGAUCAAACCCAGAAAAUUUCCUUUUCCUCAAAAUGCAAGUGAACAGGAUAUAAACACAAAUGAGAACUCUGAAGUUAAAUUAGAGGAUAAAAUAUCAAACGGACAUGCUGAAAAUGAAAAUAACAUUAAUUUAGAAAAAGAAAAUCAGAUGAGUAGUUCGCUCUCAUCUUCUACAUCAUCAUCAUUAUCAUCAUCAGUCCAACAGGACAUAGUUAGCAGUUCAGCAGACAAUUCAUCUAAAUCACCUUCAGAAGACCCAUCUCAGUCAUGUAGUAGUUCAAGCCAGAAGGAGGAAGCAACCUCUUCAACAGCAGAAGGUUCUAGUCAGAAAGGUCUGGUUAGAUCUAAAAAGACAUUGAAAAACCUAGAAAGCUCUGGAGUAAGCAGCUCAGACUCAACCCAGAUGAAGGAAACUUGUAGUACAGGGACCAAGGUAAAUGAUUCUGAGAUAAGUGAUGGUCCAUCUUCAUCCAAUACAACAGAAGCAGCUUGUGGGUCGUCUUCUACUGUAACCAGUGGAUCAUCCUCACAAAGUUCUGGUGGUUCAGCUGAAUCCAGUUCAACUUGUUCUGGUGGAGGAUCUGGUUCUAGUUCGGGGAGUUUUUUUAUUGGGGAACCAGCUGCUGGUGGAUCCUCUUCAAAUAAGAAUGACUCAGCUGGUAGUAGUAGUAGUGGUAUUAAUGAUGAUGAUGAAGAUGAUGAUGAGGAGGAUAUGGAAGAUUAUGAAGAUGAAGAUUUGUCUGGCAGUGACGAUGAUGAGGAGUUUGAAGCUGCAAGUGAUGAAGAUGAAGACGAUGAAAGUGAAGAUGAUGAAGAAAUUGAAGAGGAGGAUGAAGACAGUUAUAUGGCUGAAAGAACUCCUACAGAAGAGCCAGGUUCGGAUAGCGGAAGUACAGCAGUUUUAGCCAUGAUAAAAAACAAGAAGCUAUAUGUAGCAAAUGCAGGAGAUUCCAGGUGUAUACUGAGUCGUGGUGGAAAAGCUAUAGAUAUGUCUGUUGACCACAAACCUGAAGAUGAAGUUGAAAAGAAUCGCAUUGAAGCUGCUGGCGGCAAAGUAACAGAGGAGGGACGUGUAAAUGGUGGCCUCAAUUUAUCAAGAGCAAUAGGUGACCACUUCUACAAAAGAAAUAUGGAAAAAACUCCAAAGGAACAGAUGAUAACAGCACUACCAGAUAUAGAAACAAUUGAGUUGCAAGAAAAUGAUGAGUUUAUGGUUCUUGCUUGUGAUGGCAUAUGGAACUAUAUGACCAGUCAAGAGGUUGUUGAUUUUGUAAAAGAGAAAAUGAAAGAGGAAGAAAAUAGAAAGCAGUUAUCACUAAUUUGUGAAAAGCUAUUUGACAAAUGUCUGGCCCCUAACACAUUAGGAGAUGGAACUGGAUGUGAUAACAUGACUUGUAUAGUUGUAACAUUUGAUCAACUUUGGAAUAACAAUAAAAAUAAAAGACCUGCAGAGGACAAUGAAGAAAUGUCAGAUAAACGAAGAAAAACAGAGGAGCUCGGCACUUGAACUGUUAAUUGUUUGUUAUAUUUUUUAUGUGUCACUAAAAUCAUAUAUUGUAUACCAUUAAGAAAAAAAAUACUGUCAUGCAAAUUAAAAAUCCUAAACAG